GGAGGGGGUGAUGGGGCAUAUAGGUGGCGACCGUGGCUGAGAACACCUAGCGCAGGUGACUGGGUGGCGGCGACAGGGAGUUCCCUCCUGCUGCGCUCUUCCAGAAAUGAAGACCUGAGAACACAGCAAGGAGGGGCCGAUCGGUGUCCUUCGGCCGCGCCUGGAGCCCCACCCUCGGCCAGAGGAAAAGCCCCUCGGCUGCGCGGCGGGCGCCUCAGACACCCGAGGGACAGCGCCGUCCCCGCGCGCCGCCGGCGGGGGCUCGCACUCCUCCCGCGCUCCGGCCGCGGGCGCCUCCGCAGUAGCCCGCCGGGCCCCGCCGUGUCCCAUGGCGCCGGCCCGCGCCACCCGCGCCGCCAGCGGAGCCCUCGGCGCGCAGCUGCUGCUGACCCUCGCGAUCUUAACAUUUACCUGUGAUGCCUGCAAAAAAGUCAUACUACAUGUCCCCUCCAAACUAGAUGCUGAGAAAUUUGUCGGUAGAGUUAACCUGAAGGAGUGCUUUCAGUCUGCAAAUCUGAUUCAUUCGAGUGAUCCUGAUUUCCAAAUUUUAGAAGAUGGUUCAGUCUAUACAACAAAUGCUGUUUUGUCUUCAGAGGAGAGAAGUUUUAGCAUAUUACUUUCCAACACUGAGAACCAAGAAGAAAAGAAAAUACUUGUUCUUUUACAGCAUCAAACUAAGGUACUAAAGAAAAGACAUUCUAAAGAAAAAGUUCUAAGACGUGCCAAGAGAAGAUGGGCUCCUAUUCCUUGUUCAAUGCAAGAGAAUUCUUUGGGUCCUUUCCCACUUUUUCUUCAACAGAUUCAAUCUGACACUGCACAAAACUACACUAUAUUCUAUUCCAUAAGAGGACCUGGGGUGGACCGAGAACCUAAGAAUUUAUUUUAUGUAGAGAGAGAUACUGGAAAUCUGUUUUGUACUCGUCCUGUAGAUCGUGAAGAAUAUGAAUCCUUUGAGCUAAUUGCCUUUGCCACAACUCCAGACGGAUACACUCCAGAACUUCCACUGCCACUGGUAAUCAGAGUUGAGGAUGAAAAUGACAACUACCCAAUUUUUACAGAAAAAACUUAUGUUUUUACAAUUUCUGAAAAUUGCAGAGUUGGUUCUACGGUGGGACAGGUGUGUGCAACUGACAAAGAUGAACCUGACACGAUGCACACACGUCUCAAAUACUCCAUCAUCGAGCAGUUGCCAGCGUAUCCCACACUAUUUUCCAUGCAUCCAACUACAGGCGUGAUCACCACGUCCUCAUCUCAGCUAGACAGAGAGCUAAUUGAUAAAUACCAGUUGAAAAUAAAAGUACAAGAUAUGGAUGGUCAAUAUUUUGGUUUGCAGACAACUUCAAUUUGCAUCAUUAAUAUUGAUGAUGUAAAUGACAACUUGCCAACAUUUACCCGUACUUCUUAUGUGACAUCAGUGGAAGAAAAUACUGUUGAUGUCGAAAUCCUCCGUGUUACUGUUGAGGAUAAGGAUUUAAUGAAUACUGCGAAUUGGAGAGCUAAUUAUACCAUUUUAAAGGGUAAUGAAAAUGAAAAUUUUAAAAUAGUAACAGACCCGAAAACCAAUGAAGGAAUUCUGUGUGUGGUUAAGCCCCUGAAUUAUGAAGAAAGACAACAGGUGGACCUACAGAUUGUUGUAGUUAAUGAAGCUCCAUACUCGAAAGAGGCUAGCUUACGAUCUACCAUGAGCACAGCAACAGUUACUGUUAAUGUAAAAAAUCAAGAUGAGGGCCCCGAGUGUAGCCCUCAAGUACAAACCACUCAAAUUAAAGAAAAUGUGCCAGUGGGGACAGAGAUUCAAGGAUACAAAGCGUAUGACCCCGAAACAAGAAAUAGCAGUGGCAUAAGGUACAGGAGAUUAAGUGAUCCGAAAGACUGGGUCAGAAUAAAUGAAAACACAGGAAUCCCUACAAUUUUCAGAAACCUGGAUCGAGAGGCAGAGAUGAUCAGAGGUGGUAUAUAUAAUAUUACAAUUCUUGCAUCAGACAAAGAUGGGAGAACAUGUACUGGGACACUGGGAAUUAUACUUCAAGAUGUGAACGAUAAUGGCCCAUCGAUACCAAAACACACAGUGGUAAUCUGCAAAACCGUCUUGUCACCAUCUGCGGACAUUGUUGCUAUAGACCCUGAUGAGCCUAUCAAUGGCCCACCCUUUGACUUCAGAUUGGAGAAUAUUCCUGAUUCAGACAUAGAAAGAACAUGGAGAUUAACAAAAAUUAAUGAUACGGCAGCUCGUCUUUUCUAUGAGAAGGACCUUCCUUUUGGAACAUAUCACAUAUCUGUCAGAGUUGCAGAUAGACAUGGCCGGUCACUCAUCACUCCAUUAAAUGUACUUUUAUGUGACUGUGUUACUGAAAAUGACUGCACACUUCGCACAGAUGCGAGGACCGGUGGCGGAGAUGUGAGACUUGGAAAGUGGGCCAUCCUUGCAAUAUUGUUGGGCAUAGCGUUGCUCUUUUGUAUCCUAUUUACCUUAGUCUGUGGGGGUACUGGGGCAGCUAAACAGCCCAAAGUAUUUCCUGAUGAUUUAGCCCAGCAGAACCUCAUUGUGUCAAAUACAGAAGCUCCAGGAGAUGACAAAAUAUGUUCCACGGAUGGCUUCACAACCCAUACUGUGGGCAGUUCGGCUCAGGGAGUGUGUGGCACCAUGGGAUCAGGAGUGAAAAAUGGAGGGCAGGAGAGCAUUGAAAUGGUGAAAGGUGGACAUCAGACCCUGGAAUCAUGCCGGGGGACUGGGCAUCAUCACACCCUGGAUUCCUGUAGGGGAGGACAUGUGGAGGUGGACACCUGCAGAUACACCUACUCCGAAUGGCAUAAUUUCACUCAGCCCCGCCUUGGUGAAAAGGUGCAACUGUGUAAUCAAGAUGACAAGCAUAAGCAUGCUCAAGACUAUGUCCUUACAUAUAACUAUGAAGGAAAAGGAUCCGUGGCUGGUUCUAUAGGUUGUUGCAGUGAACGACAAGAAGAAGAUGGGCUUGAAUUUUUGGAUCAUUUGGAACCCAAAUUUAGGACACUAGCAGAAGCAUGCAUCAAGAGAUGAAUGUAUUCUGAUAAAUCUACAAAACCCAGUGACUUUAUCUCCUUCCAACCACUACUUUUUUCAUUACCAGCCAGAUUUUUUUUAAAAAAAAUACAAGAUGUUAUGUUUUGGGUUUUCCCCUCUUUAUUUUGAUGGGAUCUCUUUGGCCAAAUGCAUGUUUACAAGAUAAUGCUAUAAAUAUGUAUCCAAAUUUCCCAAGUUUUACAAAGUUAUUUAUUAGUGUCUUCCACCCAAGGAGACCUACAGAUAGGAAAAUUAAGGAAAAUUAAGGAAUUAUUGUUUACAUUUGAGUCUAAUGAUAAUAACCACUUUAUAGUGCAAUAAAAUGUAAUGAAUUCAAGUGUAUGUCAUACACUACUUAAAGUAUAACCUAAUAGAAAAUUGUCAAGAACUUGCUUUAAUAUUAUCUUCACUUACCUAAUUAGUUAAUCGUGUGGUGCUUGAAAACUGCCAUUCUCCUAAACAUUAUACAAUGUAUAUUGCAUUCUUGAUAAUGUUUUCUUCUUACAACAUUACCUUUCUUUUUAAUGCAAAGAGAGAGUCCCAGGCAGGCAUUAACUAUUAAUACAAUUCCAUUUUGGUGGAGUUUAGUUUCUGUUUUAUUCUAUAUAAAAUCCUGCACUGAGUCUAUGUUUCUCUCUUAACCUCUCUUGUCAGCAAAACUUAAGUUUAAAAACUGCUAGAAUGUAUUUUUACUUCUACAUGGUUUUGGUCCUUGAUCUCUCUCUCUCUCUCUCUCUCUCUCUCUCUCUAUAUAUAUAUAUAUAUAUAUAUAUAUAUAUGUGUGUGUGUGUGUGUGUGUGUGUGUGUGUGUGUACACUCUUCUCUCUCUCACUAUCUUUCUCUUCUCUUUAUUUUUUAAAUUUCUACUUGGGUUGGAGAGUCUAGUAUUUUAAAAUGCCAUCUCUCUUCUCUUCUAAAGUGAGUGAUUCUGUUUGUGUUUUAUGUAAGUGUAGUAUUCUCUGUUUAUCGGAGUAAUGUUAUAAUGUUGACGUUAUUGUUUCAGAUAUCUUGGUCAUUGCUUCAUUAUUUCCUCAACAAAAGAACUUUAACUUUGCCAUUGAAAAUGUAAAAAUAAGUCAUGCUUUUAUUAGAUGCAAUAUUCUAUGUUAACAAAAGGGUAAUUAAAAUUGGCAUAUGUGUGGUUCGUAUAUAAUAGCAUAUUUACAGUUUAUAUCUUCAAUGCAAGGGUAUAGUUUUUAAAUGAGAAAUAAUGAUGGUUUUGAAAUAAGCUUUGAGGUACAGGGAUUGUGAAAGUUCUCCAGGAAUAAGUAUUUUACAACUUUUUAGAUGAAAUGCCUAGUUAUAUCUAUCAGAGUUUUUUGUUUCAUAUUUUAAGAUUACAGUUUUUAACAAAUGUAGAAUGGGCCAAUCUAUUUAUAUUUUGAAACAAUAAGACAACAUUAAACUUAACAGCCAACCAAAUUUCAGACCAUGUUUCACAGCUGAUUUCAGCUAAUGAAUUUUUUAUGUAUACUAACUGCAUGGACAUUUUAAAAGUAUUUCUGAUAGUUACAAUUGUUAAUAAUGUGCCUAUCUAAAAUUCACAAGUUUGGCUUGUAACAAUUAUUUUUAAAGGUUAACAUUGGGUAAUUAUUCCAUUAUCAAUUUAUCUUUUUAAUAGUUUUAUUAUUGUUCGGUCAAAAUACUAUUUCUCAAAGUUUUAAAUAAAUCAUGUCCACAAUGUGUGUAUUACUAGUUAUGAGAAAGUAAAUCAAGUAGUUUUAAAAUAUUAGUGUGUUUGUUAAUCAUGUGUCUGAUAUGACCUUAUAAGAUUGCAUUUGUUUUACUUUGAGAAAUGAGUCUGUUCUUUAGAAUCGUGUUCUACAUUUUUUAGAAUUUUAGAGUUUGAUGUGGAGAGAUCACUGGUCCAUUGUUCUCACCAAAUGUAUAUAAUUUUGCUAUUCUAAAGGUUGUGAUGCUACGGGAUAUUGGUUACAUAGUU